AUGAUUUGUGAAUCUAGUGAAUAUGCACAUAGAAUACAACCCAAUGCUUUUCUUUUGCCUGAUGAAUUAGUAAAUGCCCCAAUCAAAUGUUCCGAAUUGCCAGCCACAAAUCUUUAUGAAUGGCUAGACAGAAAUUUUUGUGUUGUCGAUCAGCGAGUGAUCAAUAUGGGGAAAAAUCGACGUAUCACCCCCUGUGUUACUUGUACAUGCACGGCUGAAGGGCCAGAAUGUCAUUCAAUAACAAUAGAAAGGUGUGAAGAAUUAUUUGAAGAUUAUCUACUUAAUGAAAUAAAAAAGGACACCGUUUGUGUUAUUCAAUGUGCUAGAGCUAUCCAUGAGUAUGAAAAAAGGGCGGAAAGUAGGAGGAGGAAAUGA